AUGUAUGAUAGAUCUAGCAACCACGUCCGGUCCGAAGCCGGAGUAACUGGCAAGUUCAAUGUGGCUGUAGGUUUGCACCAGGGGUCGGCUUUAAGCCCGUAUUUAUUCCUACUAGUAAUGGAUGUUCUAACAUCAGACAUACAGGAGGAAGCACCCUGGUGUAUGCUGUUUGCUGACGACGUUGUUCUUGUCGGAGAUAAUGCUCUUGAGGUACAGAGCAGACUAAGAAAAUGGCAGGAAAGACUGGAGGGCGCGGGAUUGAGAAUAAGUAGAUCUAAAACCGAGCACUUAUUCUGCAAUUUCAGCGGUUUGUCCGGUUUUUCCCAUAUUUCCUUGGAUGGUGUAUCCCUACCAGUCUGCUCCGACUUCCGGUGCCUUGGGUCAUUAAUACAAAAUGACGGCAACAUAGACCGUGACGUGAAAAAUAGAAUAAAUGCGGGAUGGAUGAAAUGGCGACAGGUCUCUGGAACAGCUUGUGAUCCACGAAUGCCCCUUAAAGUUAAGGGUAAAAUCUAUAAAACGAUCAUAAGACCUGUCGUAAUGUAUGGAUCAGAAUGUUGGGCAACAAAAGUGACGGAUGAAAGAAGAGUGCACGCAGCCGAGAUGAGAAUGCUAAGAUGGAUGUGUGGAGUAACGAGGAAAGAUCGGAUUAGAAAUGAGUAUAUAAGGGGAAGUUUGAAAGUAGCACCCGUGAUAGAGAAAAUGAGGAGCAAUAGGUUAGCGUGGUAUGGGCAUGUAAUGAGGACGGAUGAACGCUAUGUUGGUAAAAGAAUGUUAGGGAUGAAUGUCGAAGGACGAAGAGCGAUCAGCAGACCGAAAAAGCGAUGAAUGGAUUGUGUGAGUGAGGAUAUGAGAAAGAAAGGACUAACUACAUUACAUCUUAACUCCAUAAAUUCCAAAAUUCAAUUCACAAUGGAGUUAGAGGCAAAUAAAUCUUUAGCUUUCUUAGAUGUAUUAGUCAUCCGUAAUCCCAACAAUACCUUAAGCCAUACAGUGUAUAGAAAGCAUACCCAUACGGAUAGGUACUUAAACGGUGAAUCACACCAUCAUCCAACACAGUUAGCUACCGUGGGUAAAUCUUUGUUUCAGAGAGCACGAGGGAUCUGCGAUGAGCGACACCUGGAGACCGAACUUCAACAUGUCAAGCAAGUACUGCGAGACAACAAGCUUCGGGUACCGCGUCCUCAUCGCAGUGAACGUGUGAAACCAGCCACCGUCGAACGAGUACCUGCUGUGCUACCUUUUAUGAAAGGGGUCACUGACAAGAUUGGCUUCAUCUUAAAGCGAGCUUCUAUAAAAACUUUUUUCAAGCCGCCAAAAACGAUAAGUCAAUUUUUACCAUCUGUCAAGUGUCAUAUACCCUUACAAGAUGCAGGAGUAUACAAGCUUGAUUGUGACUGUGGUCUCUCUUAUAUAGGACAAACAAAACGAUCGAUUAAAACUCGCGUUAAAGAACAUAUAGCUGACUUAAAACAUCGUCGCUAUACUAAGUCCGCAAUCUGUGAACACAGUCUAGACACAGCUAGCCAUUAUAUUAGAUUCGAUAAACCACAGAUCCUCGCAAAAGAACACCGAUUCCAACCAAGGAUGAUCCGUGAGGCUAUUGAAAUUAAAAAACAUCCAAAUUUCAAUAGAGAAGAUGGCUGGCAAUUACCACCUGCUUGGGACCCCAUUAUUAAUAUAAUUAAAUCAAAAACCAAGCAUAAUUCACCACAGAUUAAAGACUCAAUUAGCACA